AUGGCUGCUCCAGCUGAAGUCACCGUCCAUGACCUCAAUGGCACCUGGGUCAUGGACUCAUCUCUCUCCAAUGACCCCGACGCCAUCUUCAAGCUGCAAGGCAUGUCCUGGCUAACGCGCAAAGCCAUCGGCCUCGCCACUGUAACGCUAAAAAUAUCCCAAAAGACAACCGACGCCGGUGUCGUCGAGCUCACCAUCGACCAGGUCCUCACAGGCGGCGUCAGAGGCACCUCCGAGCUCCGUGUCCUCGACUGGUCCGAGCGACCCCACCAGGACCACAUCUUCGGCAGCCUCACCGGCCAGAGCCGAUUCUGCAAAGCAGACGCUUCUGCUUCUGCUUCUGCUUCUGCUGGUGAUUCGGACGGAAAGCGACAGCCCACCGUCGACGUGCAGACAAAAGCGGGCAGCGCGGCGGAGGACGUUGCUGUGGCCGAGUUCCUGCGCGGGGAGACCUUGGCGGAUGGAGAGCCGGCGGACGGGUUCGCGAUUGACGGGGCGAAUGAGGACCUUUUGCAGAGCUGGGUGCGGAGUCUGGACAAUGGGUGGACGGCUGAGCAGAUCUGGGGAUUCGAGAGAAUCGAGGGUGUCAGACGGUACACCCGUCGCGUCGUGGUCGCCAAGGGUGGCGAGGUCCAGAAAGUCCGGCUGGUCUAUACCUUCAUGAACCGCAGUACCGAGUAA